AUGGCUGACCCCACUUUGCUACGUAUACAGCACCGGCUCGCAACCAUGUUAAAUGAGCUUUCAAAUCCCUGGACAGAUCCGAUGUACUUUUACGAAGAUGUUUCAGAUGCAGUUGUGUUCUUUCUGGAAGACUAUUGCUUUUGCUCACCUAUAUUCUGGUUCCUCUACUACAUCUUUAUCGUCUAUUACGCUCUAAAGACUGCUCUGUACCUCCGACGCGACUACCUUCGCUUUCUGAGUUUAGGGCGCGGAGGCCGACCUUCGACCGUCAGAGGAUGGCUACAAAAUAAGCUAUACAAAUUUCUUCUCAUGGAUAUAAUCGGUGUGGACAUUUUGUCGACGCCAUUUGUCGACCCUCUGUUGGAGCCAUACAAUGGAGGUCUAUACACCUUCGCCAUUCCUCAGCGUCUCGGUGAUCGCCCGGAAAUAAUCGGUGUGGGUCCCAUGCGCCAGAGAACCGACGCAAUUCCCGGUGCAGAGCGAUGGAUAAGAAACCUUUUUGUAGAGGUGGGUCUUACGGAUCCGGAAGUGUUCAGAUACCAAACCAGCUAUCUCACGGGCCUUCCGGCACUCACGCGCAACCUGCCAGAGGCGCCACCGAAUGGCACCCCCGGCGCUGUGACCGAGUGGGGUGGCGAGAUUGCCCAUGUCCGUCCCGAUGGAAGUACCAUGAUUUGCUUGCACCCCUCUGACGCGGACGAGUUGAUUGAGCUUGGCUGGGGCCAGAGGAAUCCUCUCGCCGUCAUGAACGAGACGUGGCUCUGGAAGUUUUUUCAUCACCGGAUACUGAGGACCCGUACGCCUCUACCCCACAACAUGGUCAUUGUCUACGCACCUCGAGACGAGGUGGAGCAGAAUGUUUUCAACUGUAUCCUGGCCUGUGCAUUGUGGUGGGCACAUUCCCAGCGCUCCUAG